AUGAAUAUUGACAAGCUGGAGCGGGUCCAAAGGAGAACAACCAAAAUUGUGACAUUCUGGGAACCAUCGCCUAUGUGGAGAACUGGUACAGAUGCAGCCAGGCAGAGUACUGCCUCACUAAGCCUCCUGGAUCUCUCAGUGGCUUUUGAUGCUACUGGGCUAACUCGGCAGGAUGGGUAUUAUUAUGCCGUUAUGCCACCUUUGGAGCAGUUCAUGGAUGUUCCCAGUACAGAGAGGAGAGAGCUGUUUUUUCGAGAUAUUGAACGUGGGGACAUAGUGAUUGGAAGGAUUAGUUCAAUUCGUGAAUUCGGUUUUUUCAUGGUGCUCUUCUGCCUGCGGAGUGGUGUUGUUCGAGAGAUAGCAGACUUAGAAAUCACGGCUCUCUGUCCAUUAAGAGAUGUGCCUUCCCAAAGCAGCCAUGGUGAUCCUUUAUCAUACUAUCAAACUGGUGACCUUAUCCAAGCUGCAAUCAAGGAUAUUGAUCGCUAUCAUGAGAAACUCACCGUUUCACUGCACAGCUCUGCUCUUUCUCCAAGCCUAGCAAGUACCAAAUUAGGAGUGGUCAGCUCAGAAGACUUGCCUCUGCACUAUAGGAGGAGUGUUGAAACAGCAAGUGGCUUGGAAACAUAUGAAAAAGUUUUGCAUCAUUCCCUGGGUUUUGCAAAUCCAGCAGUAGUUGAGUUUCUGGUAGGCAAACUAGGAUUGAAUGAUUCCAACCCACCAUCCUUAAUGAGAGGACUACAAAGCAAAAAUUUCAAUGAAGAGGAUUUUGCUGUUGCAUUGCGGAAGAGACAAUCUGCCUCAUGGGCCUUAAAAUGUGUAAAGAUUGGUGUUGAUUAUUUUAAAGAGGGCCGCCAUGUGGAUGCCAUGAAUGAAUACAACAAAGCAUUGGAAAUAGAUGCACAGAAUGUUGAAGCCUUAGUAGCCCGUGGAGCACUUUAUGCAACAAAGGGAAGCUUAAAUAAAGCAAUUGAUGAUUUUGAAGUUGCAUUAGAAAACUGUCCAACACACAGAAAUGCCAGAAAAUACCUCUGUCAAACACUUGUUGAACGAGGAGGCCAGUUGGAAGAGGAGGAGAAGUUGUUGAAUGCAGAGAGUUAUUACAAGAAGGCUUUAAACAUAGAUGAGACAUUUCAAGAAGCUGAGGAUGCCUUGUUAAAACUUCGUAAGCAGAUACAGAAAUCUCUGGAAAUGAGAGAGAAACAAGCUGCAAAAGAAGAGAGGCAAAAAGAGAAGAAAAUAGAAACAAGUGUUGAAAAAUUGCGUAAGCUCUUAAAAGAAGAAAAAAGGUUGAAGAAGAAACGAAAAAGGUCAACUUCCUCUUCUUCCUCCUCUUCUUCCUGUGAUUCUUCAUCAAAUGAAUCUGCUUCUUCCUCUUCCUCCGAUAAAAAAAAGCGCAAGAAAAGGAAUCAGAACCAGUCCGAAUCCUCACAGAGCUCUAAAAAGCACACAUCUAGGAGUUCAUCCCAUCCUAGCAAGAAAGAUGACUGCUACUCUCCUCCAGCCAAUACCUCCGCUUCCUUCCUUAAUCAAAAGCACGAAAUGGAGAAGCUGCUGGGGAGGCACGACAGGUUAGCCUAUCAAAAGCCUGAGGUAAGGAACAGAGAGAGGGAAUACUCUUUGUCAAGGACUUCUGCUGGCGAUGAUCCUUAUGGAGGUAGGUCUGAAGACUCAAGAGAUUUCUACAGCAGCUCCAAAACUCAGGCAAGUAGUAGCAAAUCAGAAAAACAGGGUAAGUCAGACCGAGUUUCUUCUAAUAGGAGAGAUAGUACAGGUUCCUAUUGUAGAAAAGCUGAUGACAAAAACAAGCCAAAUGAUUUAGGAAAACUAGAAAAAGAAGCUGGGAGGAAGGAGCGUUAUCGGAAGCACAGUCCAAGUCAAACAAAGUACUCCACCUCUCCCACAGGGUCUGAUUACUCAACCAAAUCAGCUGAAAACUACAAACAAUACACCAGCAAGUGGAUAAAUGAGCCUAGUAGAUACAAUGCUGACAACAGGCCAGAGUUGGCCUGGAUUAGAAGUGAAAGAGAACAUAAGAGCCAAGAAGAUGCCACAAAAACUAAGGAGCUAGAUGAGGAAGCUACACUCAAUGGUAAAGGACAAUUGGGAAGUGGUGACAGGAAAAAGCUGCCCCAGAAUUUACUCAACAUAUUUAAUCAGAUUGCUGAAUUUGAGAGAGAAAAAGGAAACAAACAAAAAAAUCAGUGAAUUAAAAACCAUAAUGCAUAUGUGAGAAUAAUUCCACUUCUAUUCAUUUGAGAAGUUUCUGUUCUUGAAAAAAGCUCAAAUCUCUCCCGCCCCCCCUUUAUUCGUCCCUCUAAGUAUGCUUGUUAGGUAUUGAUUUAGGGAAUGAUCAGUAUGCAAGAGUUAGAUCAUAUCUUGCUUUGCAAUUGAAUUUCUUUUGCUAUUUAGGAUUUUAUGAUGUGGGGUGACUGGGUAAAAAAACAACCCUUCUUAGCUACUGUUAAGACUGCCACCUGUGCUAACUGGUAUCUAAAUUGCACUUUACAAAGAAAUGUCUCCACGGCACCAAUGACUGUUACUUUGUAUUGUUAAUAUUAUCAUUCAUUGUUAAAAUAACCAUUAAUUCAAAUGUUUUAAAUGGAUGUGCCAUCCGUGCAUAUAUUAUUAAAAAAAAAAUUUUU